CUUCGCCGUCACAUGCUUCCCAUUUUGGAUCGACAGAGAGAACUCUUUCAGCAGGACAAUGCCAGGCCGCAUACGGCACGUGUAAUAAUGGAUUUCCUACAGAAUGAGAAUAUUAAUGUGCUGUCAUGGCCAUCAAUAUCGCCAGAUCUCAACCCUAUUGAACAUCUAUGGGACGAACUGGACAGACGUGUACGCCAGCGUGACCCGGAGCCUUAGACGCUUCCGCAACUGUCACAUGCACUGCAGGAAGAAUGGGCUAGAAUUCCACGUGCCCCGAUUCAUAGACUCAUCCAAUCUAUGCCAAGAAGAUGUCGCGCAGUGAUUGCUGCUGUUGGUGGCCACACAAGAUUUAAUAUGAGAAGAAAAACAAAGAAAAGAGAAGGUAGAAAAUAGUAAUCGAAAAUACUGAGAGAAUUACUUACAUGGGCGACGUUUCUUCGAUGAAGCAAUCAAUAUAUUAAAGUGGAAAGUGAAAAAGUGAACUAUACAUGUGAACGAUGGCGUGCAGUGAUGCGUAUAUUUGAGGGUGACCUGUCGCAAGGGGGCUAAAGAUGACUUCCCUUUAGAUCAAAAUGUUUCUGAUUUUCAGCAUUUUAGCUCAUUUCUGAUUGAUGCCAACUUUAAAAAAGACAAAAAUAAAGAUUUACCAACAUGAUGAUCAGCAGUUCAUUGCCGCUAACAGUUGUCUGUGUUAUUGAGAUGGUGGCGGCACAAACAGGAUGGAUGAGCUCUCUCGGACAAGGAAGACCAAGUUCCAUGGGUAGACAAGGCUUCAGCAGUGGACAAAGCUUCAGUAGUGGGCAGGGCUUCAGUAGUGGACAAGGCUUUAAUCGUGGACAAGGCUCCAGCAGUGGACAAGGCUUCAGUAGUGGGCAGGGCUUCGGUAGUGGACAAAAUUUCAUGGCCAGACAAAGUCAAAAUACACCGUGGAGACAAAAUGCGAUGAAUAGACAAACUAAUAGAUUCAGUGCUCAAAACUUUAGGAGCAGGCCAAGCUUCAUGAGCAAUCAGAAUCAGUUUCCCAGUCAGACUUCUAAUCAGUUAUCUAAUCAACGCUCCAAUCAGUUCUCCAAUCAGUUCCCAAAUCGGGUCUCUAACCAGUUCUCCAGUCAGCGCUCCAAUCAGUUCCCAAAUCGGUUCUCUAACCAGUUCUCCAAUCAGUUUGGAGGUGGCUUGAUGCGACGAGGGCAACAAGGAGGAUCCGGACAGACGUUCGGACAAUUCUCACAACAGAAUCCAUGGAGGUCUCAGCAAACCCAGGCGACUGGUCCAUCAUGGUCGAUAUUUGGACAGACGUCGCAGAGAGGCAACCAGGGUGGUUGGGCCCGUUCACAGUUUAGUACGGGAGUAUGGCCGUCGGCGAUGACCCAAGAGCAAAGUCCAUGGUCCCUCGUCAGCCCAAUAAACAACGGAGGUCAAUCGAAUGUGCAACCACGUCUUCCAGUAUCAGUUUGUACGAGAGUUACUUGUCCAUCUGGUCUAGCAUGUCACAAGGCCGGUACUAGUUACCGAUGUAUGCGACCUGUUGCACAUAACCCAUGUGAGCUGCCUUCUGGAACCGUAGGACCGUGUGAAGCAUUUCUACCACGUUAUACAUACAAUCAAACUUCAGGGAAAUGCGAAAAAUUUACCUUUGGUGGUUGCCGAGGAAACGACAACAAUUUUAUUUAUUUAAAAGACUGUAAAAGACGUUGUAUAAAAACAAAGGUCACGGAAAAGAUAUAACACUCGACAUGUAACGACCUUAAUCAAUACUGUUGUAAAUAUUGCAAUGGGUUGUUUUUGAAACAUUUAAAAAAUCUUCGUCGAAAUUUACGAAUGGACAGUGAAAUAUAUUUAAAAACCCAAAUAUGAUCAAUACUGACAUUAAGUUGAUAUUUUUAAUUUAAAGAUUUCUGAUUUCUGAUUUAUCACUCUAAAUUGACUACCCCUUCCAACUUGACUUUUGUUUUAUGCUUAUCAGUAAGGUCAUAUGACGUUUUGUUUUAUACAUUUCAGGGAAGAACUUAGAUUACUACCCUUUCUGCAAAAAAAAAUCAUAAAACCAUAGAAAAUCUAGCCAAGUUUAUCACCGUAUUUAGGACAUCCCUUGCUCCUUCAAAAAAGAGUUGAUGUUGGUGGUGGUGGUAGCUGUAUAUAUAAUUUUUAUGGGUUCUUGAGUAUUGGAGAAAGCCAUUAUAAAAUAACGAAAAAGCGGUGUACACAAAGAGGAACGUAGACUGAAUUUCUUCAGUUUCUUUAUUUAUUGAUUGUUGAAACGUGUAAGAUAGUCUUGUAUUAUUGCCAUCAAUUGGAUUAUCGUUAUUUCUCAUGUCUUUAUAAAAAAAGGUGUAAUUACAGAGAGCCUGCUAUAGCUUUCGAUCCAAACAUGUCUGGCAUUCAGCACGCUUACAGAACUAGUCAGUAUUUGUUUAACGUAACAAAAUCGAACAAUGAGGUAACCUAGGUGAAAAUGAAUACUUUCGUCUUUCUUUUAUUAAAGAACAUAAAAUUGUCAUCAAAAUCCCAGAUCAAUUAUCUAUAAUCAAGAUGGCAAAAUCGAAAGUGUUGCAGUAAGUUCACAAUUAUCGACAUUUCCACGUGCGUUAGAAAAGAGAGAGAGAGAGAGAGAGAGAGAGAGAGAGAGAGAGAGAGAGAGAGAGAGAGAGAGAGAGAGAGAGAGAGAGAGAGAGAGAGAGAGAGAGUUAAAUGUAAGCGUAUAGUUUUGAAAAUAAAAAUAUUGUAAUCACUUGUGUAUAUGAGCUUCAUAAAAUAAUGGAUUGCCAAUUUGACUGAAUGGAAACACGUUUUACGAUAUCAAAAGAUUCUGUGAAAUCAUUUAAUCACAAUCAUACAUUGAAUUUCAUGGACAAUUAUAGAAUAGGACAUCAUUUCAUUUUAUUGCUGAGUUACAGUCAAUAUUUCUGCUGUACACUUUUAGGAGGUGAAAGUGUAUCAAAAAGUAAACUGUGUAUACUGAUGAAAAUGUCGAUCAUUGUAAACAGAUCAUUAUUAAUUUAUAAUGGUCAAAUUAAUGGGAUUUUUUAAAGUUUUACAAAUAUACUCGUAUUGGUAAAAUAAAACAAAUGUCUCAUAUUCAACGACUUUUAUGCCUGGGUUAUAUUGCACAAACCUGUUAUCAUAUUCAAAAUCUUACAUCUGGAAAAACACAGAAUUCAAUAAAUAAUAUGUCCACUACGCGUUCUAAGAAACUCGUUAUUAAUUACAUUUAUGCUAGGUUCAUACUACUAACUGCCAGUACAAAGUUAGCCAAUUUUCUGCUUUUACGACUUCUACGACUGUCCAGUUGCUAGUCGAGCGCCCUUACGACUUCUACGAACGCCGAGUUGUUGGUCUGAGCGCACCCGUCUAAGUCGGGAGUUGGAAAAAGAACAACGCAACCGUCGAAUUGGCUAACUUUCUGCUGCAAUUGGUAAUCUAAGCCUAAAAUAACAACAAUACUGUGGUACCAAGUCGACUUUUAAAUGUAAAAUAGGUAUGAUAUCGACUCUUAAUUAGUAAAUAAGCAUUAACAUCUGAUUCAGCAUACUGAAAAUUCCUGAAAUCGAUAUUUUGAAGUUUGUUGCUUCCGUAAAGUGGUUUAAGUAUCGGUGGCGCCCAUUUUGCCCCCCCCCCCCCCCCCCCCGACAUGUGCCAGUUUCAAAUGGUUGCCCCCAAAAUAAUAAUUUUUACGUUUCUUAGAGUUAUGGAAACCAUCUUCAAAGCUCCAAAAGAAUUUGUCACGGAUCCUGUUGAAUGGUACUAUUCUAAAAAUAUACUUGAAUUGAGUGUUAUCUUGUCUUAAAGCAGUAUUCCAUAUUAAAACAGAGUUCUCGAUCAAACAGAAUUUUGUUCUCUCACUCAGUAAUCUGUAUGUAGUACUCUCUUCUUUUAAAACAAUUCUUUCUUUUGAAAAUAUAUGUAUAGUUAUAAAAUAUGGUUUUUGUUUUUGUUCAUUAUUUGUACAUAAAACUGUCACAUUUCGAUGAAAUAAAUGUAUGUAGUUCAUAUA